GCGUAAAAAUUCUGUAAUAUAGAAAUUAAGUAGAAACCCCUUUAUGUGUAAUUCAUCAUAGGUUUUUGUUAGGUUACAUAAUUCGUCACUUUACCCUUGCCGCUCCCGCUUUGGAGCGUAUUAACGCGAUUUCUCAUGGAUUCACAAAUUAUUCGCGAAUUUUAUUUAACGGUAGAGCGCGGAUUUUAUGGACAAAGAUCGCGGAUUGUUUGGUUAACUAAAGUUUCUAGUCUCUUGGUCGAUGAAAGCAGUCCCAGAAGUGAGAAUGAAAGCAGUCCGAUAUGAAUUUAGAAUCUUUCCAAAAAUAUGACAAUACUCAGCUAAACGAUCAGUUUCCUUAUUGUCAAAGUUGCAGGCUAAAACUUUUCAACAACAAGCAGACAGAGGAAAAAGAUGAAUAGAUGAUCACAUUAUUUUUCUUGGAUAGACCGCCCCUCGCCUUAAAGAUCUGUAAGGAUCUCAAGAAAAAACCAGAGCCACUGCCAUAGAUCAAUCCCACUUCACUCAAAGUUCUUCACUUCCCUCUCCAGCUCCAAAUUCAAUGGAUCCACCUCCGCUCCACGUCGUCUUCCUCCCUUUCAUGGCUCAAGGCCACAUGAUCCCAAUCACAGACAUGGCCAGGCUCUUCGCCCGCCGCGGCGUCAAGUCAACGAUCAUCACCACUCCCCUCAACGCCCCUCUCUUCUCCGGCAAGAUCCGCCGCGACGCCCAAUUGGGCCUUCCAAUCGAAACCCACGUCAUCGAAUUCCCCUGCGUCGAGGCAGGGCUGCCGGAAGGUUGCGAGAAUGUCAGCGCCAUCAAGUCCCCCGACCUCUUGAUCCCGUUCUUCAAGGCCAUGGCCGUCUUCCAGCGCCCCGUCGAGGAUCUGCUCCGAAAUUGGCGGGCGGAUUGCAUAGUCGCCGACGUCGUCUUCACCUGGGCUACAGAGACCGCCGGGACACUCUGCAUCCCGAGGCUCUUCUUCAACGGAACAGGGUCGUUCGUCGUGUCUGUGCUUCACGCCCUCAAAGUCCACGAGACUUGCAACGGAUUGGAAUCUGAUUCCGAACCCUUUCUUGUCCCCGGCCUGCCGCAUGAGAUUCGAUUGAUCAAGACGCAGCUCCCGCCUUUCGUGAGAGGGGAUCAAUCGGAUAGCGGGAUUCGAGAGCUGCGAGAGGCAAUGGAGGAAUCGGAGGUCAACUGCUUUGGUACCGUGUUGAAUAGCUUCCACGAGCUCGAGCCGGGGUACGCCGAGUAUUACAGGAAGGUAAUGGGGAGGAAGGCAUGGCUGAUUGGUCCAUUGUCGCUCGGUAACAAGGAUGGUACAGAGGAAAAAGCAGAGAGGGGAGAUGUGGUUACCUCCAUCGAUGAACGGGAAUGUUUGAGAUGGCUGGAUGCUAGGGAACCCAAUUCAGUGUUGUAUAUCUGCUUUGGGAGCACAUCGUACAUUUCAGAUUCUCAGCCGUGUGAGAUCGCUGGUGCUCUGGAGUCGUUCGAGGAGCUGAGCUUCAUCUGGGUCGUGAAGAAGGGGGAAUCGCUACCGGAAGGGUUCGAGGAGAGGACGAAAGGGUUGGUGAUCAGGGGAUGGGCCCCUCAGGUGCUGAUUCUCGACCACGGGGCGAUCGGAGGGUUCAUGACACACUGCGGGUGGAACUCGACGCUCGAAGCUGUGGCUGCAGGGGUGCCGAUGGUGACAUGGCCGCUCCAGGCGGAGCAGUUUCUGAAUGAGAAGUUGGUGACCGAUGUUCUGAAGAUCGGUGUUGGAGUUGGAGCUCAAGAAUGGUCGAGAGGUGAGAGGAAGAUCGUCGUGGGGAGGGAAGACAUAGAGAGGGCGAUGACUCGGGUGAUGGUCGGCGAGGAGGCAGAAGAACUAAGGGGCAGAACUAGGAAGCUUCAGAAAAUGGCUGUCAAGGCGAACGAAGAAGGAGGAUCGUCUAAUUCUGAUCUGAAAUCGUUAUUGGAGGAACUAAAGUCUCUUAAGGACAAGAAAUUGUGAUGGCUUAUAGGGAUGACAAUCGAGCAGGUUCCAUUAUUAGCCGCUGCGACGACGUUUCGCUUUCCAGUUAUUAGUCGUUAAGCAAACACUGUUUUAGUUGCUAAUGGCCAGUAGAAACAAGACACGUGGAGUUGAAGUUUGAUUUAAUUUCGUUGCUAACUAUAAAAAGAACAGAGAAGUCAGUAGAAAGCUUGAGCUUCACUUUCACAAAUCACUAUACAGAAAUUCUCACGAGCUGGAGAUGAGAUUCUGCCUAAUACUACAGAUCUACGCUUGCUUCGGGAGCAUGUCGAUGUUCGGGAAGGAGCAAUUGAGGGAGAUCGCUAUCGGAUUGGAAGCUUCAGCGGAGCAAUUCGUAUGGGUAGUGGAGGGACGAGGGAGACAACGACAACGACGAGAGCGAAUGGCUGCCUCAAGGAUUCGAGGCAAGAUUAGGAGGGAGAGGAUUGAUACGUAAGAGGAUGGGCGCCGCAGGUUGUUAGCGUACUAAUCACUUGGUACCAAUAACUCGAGUUGUUGGGUUUAAAAUAUGUUGAAAUCGAUAAUACGGAAUAGACGAGACACAAUUUAACGUGGUAUCCCUGAUGAUCGGGACUAGUCCACGAGAGAGAACAACUCUCUCAAGCUGAUAUGUUAUUACGUUCUUAAUGGUGGCCAACAGCCAUACACUUGCUUUUAUACCCUUCUACAUACUCAACUAGGGUACAACUAGCGAUACAUGGACAAUCAUACGCAGCACAAGCAUAAGCCGCCUUGGACUUGUUGGAUGACACAUCGGGCUCCUGGGUUACGGGUCGAUGCGCCGACCGGGCUAAACCCAUUACUCCCCCACAAAGAUGCAGCGUGUAGAUCACGAACAUGCAGCUUGGACAAGAGGAAAUGAAAGCGUUCAGCCCCAAGACCUUUGGUGAACAUGUUACAUGUAUGCAACGUGGAGGUGUGAGCUGACCUUCAAGGGCUUGAUAUCUCCGGAUUGAACACGCUCGCGAACAAAAUAACAAUCCAUCUCCACAUGUUUAGUAUGCUCGUGAAAGACGGGAUUAGCUGCUAUGUGAAGGGCAACUUGAUUAUCGCAACACAGUGGAGUAGAACCACUCUGUGGAGCUCCCAAUUCCUGUAACAGCCAACGCAACCAAAGAACUUCACUGACUGUACUAGCCAUGGCUCUAUAUUUAGCCUCUACUAAAGACCUGGCGACAACAUGCUGCUUCGUGGUGCGCCAUGACACAGGAACCCCUCCAAACAUGAUAACAUACCUAGCGGUAGAACGUCGGGUAGACUGACAACCACCCCAAUCGGCAUCGUAUUAGGCAACAAGAUCCAGGGUGGUCGAUGAAGGAAAGAAGAGUCCCUGACCUGGUGACUACUUGAGAUAUCCGAGUAUCCGCUGACCUACUUCCAUGUGUGCUCUCGUAGGAGCAUGGACAAACUGACUGAAAAUAUUGAUGCCGUAGGUGAUAUCCGGUCGCGUGACUGUCAAGUAGAGUAACCUUCCUACCAGACGGCGAUAAACAGAAGGAUCUGGGUGAUCAGAUGCGGCAGACUGAGUGAGAUGGUGAUUCUGUUCAAUCGGGAAAGCACUCGGUCGACUCCCCAAGACUGCCGAAUCACUAAGGAUGUCGAGGAGGUAUUUCCUCUGGCUAAGAACAACUCCUUCAGGCGACCAGGCAACUUCAAUCCCCAAAAAAUAACUCAAGCUACCAAGAUCCUUUAUAGUGAACCGGGAAUGGAGAAAACUACUUCACUCGAGUAAUAAAGUCAAGACAAUUAC